UGCGCGGGCUGCGGGAGACCCAGAGCUCCGGGCGCCAGCAGCGUGGAGUCGCCUCCUGGCGCGGUCGCAGCUCCGACGUCCCGGCCCCAAAGUCCCGCUCCGGUCCCAGCCCCGAGAUCGCGGCCCCGAGGGCUUUGAGCCAUGCCGCUGCGAGGCCCUGGCCUGCUGUUACUGCUGCUUCUCCACAGCCUGCGAGCUGAGACCCAAGAAAUGGAAGUCGGGGUGACAGUGGGCAGCGACUGUUUGCUGAGCUGCGUGUACCCCAAGAGGCUCCAAUUCAACCUAGAUGAGGUGUAUGUUUACUGGCAAAUCCGGGAGUCCACCGUAGUGAUGGUGCACAUCCCGCAGAAGAACUCCACCAGUGAAGUCGAUGGCCGCUACCGGGACCGGGCCCACCUGUUCCCGCAGAACAUGGAACAGGGCAACUUCUCGCUGCUGCUACGAAAUGUUACUCCACAGGACACGCAGAGGUUCACCUGCCUGGUCUUCAGGCGGGAGCAAGGGAACAUGAAGGCCAUCUUGAAGGCCACAGUCACACUGCGCGUGGCAGCUAACUUCAGCGUGCCCGUGGUCAACAGCAGCAGCACCCGCCAGGACCAGGAGCUCACCUUCAUGUGUACGUCCACCAACGGCUACCCGCGGCCCAACGUGUACUGGGUCAACAAGACGGAUGACACUGUGCUGGACAGGGCACUGCACAACGACACAGUGUCCUUGAAUGAGCGAGGCCUAUAUGAUGUGGUCAGCGUUCUGAGGGUGCCCUGGGCACCUGGUGUGAGCGUGGGCUGCUGCAUAGAGAACGUGCUCCUGCGGCAGAACCUGACGGGCAGUGGCCCUGAAGCGCGCUCCCCCAGUGGAAAUAUGGACCGUAUCACGGAGGAUCCAGGCCACCCGCGUGGGGAGGGUGACAUGGCCCUCAACAUCAUCCUCCCUGUCGUGCUGCUGGGGGCAGCACUCGUGGGCCUACUCUGCAUCAUCCGUGGCUGUAGAAGCCGUACAGGUGCCCAGGCUGUGGUGCCGGAGCAGGAGCUCACAGACCAGCUCACUGCCCAGGAUGGGGACAGGGCGUCUGCGAGCAGCUCCCCAGGGGACAUCAGAGGCAGCUUGGCGAUGGACUCGCUCGGGCCUGUGGGCGACGGGAACUUCGAGCUGCAGGCCCUGCAUGAGCCACCUGAGGACAGGAGCUGCAGGCCAUUGGUGACAGAGGGGAGCGCCCCAGGGAGGACACACUUGGACUGUCCCUGACCCAGAGAGAUUGCAAUGCCCAAGUAACGGCUGCCCGCCCUCGGGGCCAAACAGAUGCCACCAGCACCCAGAUUUGGCACCAGGCUGUAUCCACACCCAGACCUGAAUGGCAGACGCGGUCUCCACUGAAGGAAGGGCGCUGGGUUUACAUCGAGGAGUGAGGUUGCCCGCUCUUCCACGAGGACCUCUGAGCUGUCUGCAGGAGGCUGGUUGCCAGGCUUGCUGGCCGCCCCUCUGUCCCGGGCUCUCAUGUGCACGUGCGUACACACUUAUGUGUGCAAGAUGGUGUGUGCACCGCUGCAGGAAACGUCCACACUGUAGGCUCUGGGAGACCCUCCAGCUUCACUCUUCACCGUACUUAGGAAGAAGAAAGUUGGACCUUGCUUGUGUUUCCCAGAAGCUAAGUGUAACUUUUUUCCCAAGAACUUUUUCACCAUGCACCGAGCUGCCGCACACUUGGCUCUGGAGAGGGAUGGGAACGCACCUCCUCCUGGAAGCAGAGUAUGGGUUGGGGAUUGAAAAGAGUUUCCGUACCCAUCAGAGUUCCCCAGCAGGACUCCCGGGGUGCCACGGUCUCUGGUCAGCCUUGGGGAGUCCCUCAGAUCCAGCUGCCUGCCACGCUGUGCCCAGACUCCUGUGGUCACAGCCUGGGGUGAAGACCUGGGCUCAGCUCACAGCCUCCCCGAGCCUCCUCAUGCCAGGGACGGGAUGCAGCCCAUGCUGUCGCACCUCGUCCACAGGGCCGCACAGGAUACACCAAGCAGUUUGCCGGCACCAGGGGGUUCUGGAUGGUGCCACUGUGUGACCCGGGUGUGCACAAGAACACCGUGGGCAAUGUGGCCUCACAAGGACCUGGGUCUGUGGCCCUGCUGUGGACAGGUGCUCAGCCCCUCCCAUAGGAGAUCCUGAGGUCCCCGUCACUUGGCACUGUGGGGUGCGUGAGGCCCCUCAGCACAGACGGGUGCGAGGCUGAGUGGGUGGUGCUCAGUUUCCUGCCGCAGGGCCCUCAAGGGGCUCCGGAGUGAGUGAGCAGGGACCCCCGACUUCACCUGAGAGCAUUAAACAGGUGCGUUGAAGCA